AUGAUUGGACGAAUCUCUCAGCUAAGUAAUCUAUCAUGUGGUCCUCCCGUUCAUCAGAGGACCGACACGGCACUUUAUACUUGUCGCAGAUGUAGGAGACAAAACAAGAAAUAUACUUCUGUUGCGGUAAACAAUGAUUUAUUUGAACAAGAUCCCUGCCUCUUGAGUCACAACUGUAUACCCAUGGACAGAAAUAAAGACAAAGCAAACCGUGUGGCUUAUGAGAGCUGCCAGAAAAUAAAAAGGGGACCGCAAAAACAAAGAAUCAGCCCCGGUGUCCAAUUCAACGAAACCGCCUUUUCGAUUUUGAAAACUUCAUGGAAAUCACUGGAGGCUAGAAAGAAAUUCUUAGCAAAUUUUGUGAGAACGGGCUAUGCAAGCAGAAGGUGCUCGUUUACUAGAGGCAGUGAAUUGCGCUUCUUAGCCAUAUUUGGUUUAUUUCGAACAAUUGCUCGUUCCCGUCGUACAGACGGUGACUUUCUCGAACCUUAA